UACAAAAAUCAAAAAUGUCGUUAGCGAAACGUCAGGAGAGUUGUUUAUAAUUCAUUGUUAUUGCUAUUUUCUAAUUAAUUUAUUGUUAUUUUUAAAAAGUUCCGCGAUGUUCACUUUUUUUUUAUUCAAUAAAUUCUAUUAUUGAGCUAUGGAAAUUGAAGAAACCGAAGAUAAACACGUUUCAAAUUGCGAAGAAUCUCACACUGCUUGUUCCGCAGUUAAUAAUUUAAUUUUGGAUUAUUAUAAAAAGUUUGGGAGGAAGCGAGAUUUAGAGCAGUUUUUCUCGCUAUCGACAGCGCAAAGUGAACUGAGAGACCCGUCUAGUUUGUUUUGGAGGAGAAUGAAAUCUCAGGACGAGUCUUCGGAUUCUGGUGGCAAGAGGAGCGAAUCUUCUACAGAACUUUGCCGGAUUUCUAUCAAGUGUUCCAUUCCGGAGCCUUCUACUUCUCAGGUUGAACUGUCAAGAGUUAAAAGUGAUUCUGAAUCUCCUCCCAUAAUAAGGGAGGAAGUGAUUGUGGAAGAACCCACGGAACAUUCUGAAAACGAAUCUGUAAAAUCGGAUGAUGUGGAGUCACAGAAAUCUAUUGAUGGUACUUUAGACACUUCGACUAAUAAGCCCCAUUCACCUACGAGUAGUAUAACUUCUCAACGCAAGCUUGAAUGGGACUCCUUAGCAGAUGUGGGCUAUGCUAAUGAAAGUGACAGAAAGAAUUCAGCAUCCAGUCUCAGCACUUUGGAAAGAAUGGCUUUGCAACAGCAAUAUUCAUAUAAUGACACAAAAAAUAGUGAAAUAGGAAAUCCUACCGCACAGUCCACACCAUUGGAUGCAAAUGAAACUAAAUCAAAACACAAGAAAGGUGCUGUAAAGAAAACAACAAAAAUAUAUAAAAAGGACAUUGAGUCAGUUGAAUUAUCUAUUCCACAAAAUACUGAUAAUAAUCCACAACCUAUAAAUCUUAACUUGACUAAACACAUAUCUUUUAAUGUUGAUAGAAAUGGCAGUGUUGUUAUUGAAAAUAUGACAAAAAAUGUUUCUUUGAGCCCUGAAAAGGUGUCAGUAGAAACUGAAGUUACUCCACAAAUUAAAAUGGAUAAGGAAAUUCAAACUACUUUGAAUAGAAGUAAAGACAAAUCCUCCAGCUCUGGUGAAAAAGUAAAGGAUGCAGAACCUCAAGUUAAAAGGUAUCCUGUACUAAUAAGUUUAAAUACCUUAAAGAAAAAAACUAAAAAGAAAAAAGUGAGAAGAAUUAAAAGACAACACAGUAAGAAGAGACUGAUAACUGAUAAAGAAAAUGUGCCACUAGAGAAAAGUGGAGACCAGCUAUCAGAAGCUGAGAGUUUCGAAUAUAUGCCAGGGCAUAUUUAUAACCAGAAUCACAUGAAAUAUGAUCACCGUAAGAAUUACGUUGCUGAUAAUAAAUCAAGCCUAGAAUCAAGUGGGCUAACUACAGACUCAAGUAAAACCACAAAAUAUUCAUUCACCAAAGAUUUAGAAAAGAGCAUUGAUAUCCUUAAAUCUGCUCUUGACCAAAAAUAUGAAGAUGCCAACUUAAGACAGAAUCUCAUUAAAGACAUAGUGCAAAAACUCGUAGAGUCUAAAUAUAAAGGUGACAAAAGCUCAACAGAGUUUUUAUCAGGGUUGAGUUUCAAUAGUAAAAGAUUAGGUUUAGGAGAUAAUAAUUAUACUACCACAAGUACCUCAGAUACAAAUAAUACUGCCAAUGAAACCAAACCAUCAAAACCAAAGAAAUCUAUUUUACGCAUGGACAAAUUCAAUGCAAAUCCCAUUGCCUCAACAUCACAAAGUGUUCCCAAUAUUCCUAGUUAUACAAAAAAUGAAAAAGUUAUUGAAUCAAAAAUUUCAAAGUCCAUAGAUCUUUCUAAUACUGAUUCUGAUGUUCCGAACAAAAGUAAAGCUUUGUCUGAUGUAGGAGUAGAUAAAACAUCUUCAGAAGAAUUGUACAAAAAGUAUUUAGAAGCAUUAAAAAGAGAACAAGCAUAUAAGAGGCAUUUAAAAGAAAAAGAAAUGUUCCUAAAACAAAAGCUAGUUAGUUCUGAUGCUGUUCGUAAUGCUAUAAGGCAAGUUGAUGCUAAAGCUCAGAAUCGGAUAAAAGACCUAAUGAAAGACUUGAUUAGAAACAAUUAUGAUGAUGGAUCAGGUGAUGCAAGCAAAUUGGAAGGUGGAUCAAGUGCUUAUAUAAAUACAGAAAAAUAUAAUUCUCUAAGAAAACAAAAAAGUCAUUCUGUAUUCACACUGUCAUCAGGUACUUCUGAAAAUCGUUGUAAAAAUGUACCUGUUGUAAACAAACAUCACAAUGCAGGCACUUCAAAAAUUGAUGGUAAAUUUGAGAAACAUUACUGUUGCUGUCCUCUUCAUGCAGUACAUCCUAAAGUCGGAGUUACAGAUAGUUCAGUGCAAGUGAAUAUUCAAUCUUGUAGGAACGACGAUUUGCCUUAUCAUAAAACAAAAGAAAUGUUCCAGCAACCAGAGAUACUUGAAAUAAAGCGGGCUCAAUGUGAAAAAUGUAAAAGUCCACGUGAUAGACCACAAACUGCAUCUGAUGGCGCAAAAGAUGAUUUUAAAUAUGUUUGCCUAUGUACUGAAGAUGGUGUAAUGUCACAAGAAAUGCCUGAAAACUUUUUAAUAUAUAAAUGUUCUAGAUUACCCAGCAAAAAUAUAAAAUUAGAAGAUAUAGUAUCUAAAGUUGGAAACACUGCUAGUGGAAGCUCUAGUAAUUUCACAUCACCUCGUCAAAAGAUAUCUUCAUUCAAAAGCCAAGACUGUGAUAGAAAAUGUUUGGUUAUUAAAGAUAGUACUAGUUCAAAUAAUCAAACUUCAAAAUCAUCACAAACUAACAUCAACUUACCACUAAUUCUCCGAGGUACUAAUAGUCAACAAAGUGCUGGCUCUACAUCAACAGAAUAUAGAGAAAAUGGGUUUGAUAUACUGGAACCACAACAUAACAAACCAAAUAUUAUAAUACAUGAGGCUACAAGAUGCAUCCAAACUGAAAUCAGUAUUGACCCAAAGAUAUCUGAUCCAUCUUUAUCUGACAUAAAUAUUGUGAAUGAUGAAAAUUGUGUUGAAUUAAUAAAUGAAAGAUAUAAAAAAGUUUCCCAGCCUGCUUUGGAGAAAAAUGAUAUCCACCAAUUUGAAAAAACUUGUGUUCAAGUGCAAAGUAGUGAAAGUAGUUUGCCUGAAAGUAAAAAGAAAUUACAAACUGGGUCUGACAAAUGCAUAAGUACAAGUGCUGAAGAAGAGUUUACUUUUGUUCAAAAAGUUGACAAAGAAGUACAAUCUUCUGAUCAGGUCACCAAUGAUGAUACAAAUAGAGUUGAUAAUAACCAAACAAACAAUUUUACGAUACCUAUACAAGGCACAAAUAUGACGCUAAAAGUUAGUCUAGGUUCUGGGAGCAACAGACCACCUUUUGAUGAGACUAUAUCACCAAAAGAAAUAAAAACUAAUAAAAAUGUUAUGUCUAAAGGAACUGAGACAGUAAAGCCUACAGUUGUUGAAACCGCUACGUCAUUGCAAGAAGAGUGCUCUAAAGGAGUGCAGUCAAGUAAUACGAACAUUUUUGAAGAAUAUUAUCGAAAGCCACCAAAAACCAUAUGUAGGGAAAAUAAAAAUACAUACAGAGAUAAUUUUGAUUCUCAGGAUAAGUACAGUGAAAAACCUAAUGCCCCAUCUAAGUCUUCUUGUGUAACUGCUUCUGUCAGUACUGAAUGCAAAUAUAACACUUAUCCAACAGAGGAUCGAAGCCACAUUCAAAAACCUCUACUUCGUUCUAAUACUGAUCCUAGCAAAAUAGAAAAAGCUAGUCAUGUUACAUUUCACAAGAAUAUCAUUAAAAAUACAGAGAAUCAACCAGAGGUUGCUGAAAUAGCUCAGAGGCAAUCAGAAGCAAUAUCACCAAAACAGCAAGAAAAAGCUGCUUCUUGUUCCUCUGAGACAUCUUCUAAAUCUAUGGAGACAAGUUGCAAAAGCAAAGUAAGUUCAGACACUGAUAAACUGUUUAAGUCAUCUAGUAGUGGCACAGAUGGUCAAACAAAGAUGCUUGGUACUAAUGAUCCUGUGCUAGAUAUAAUACAAGAUAUAACUAAACGGUAUUCAAAAAAAGAUAUUGAAAAGAGCAAAAGAAAGAAAUGCUUUAAAGAAAUUAUUAGUGUUCUCAGUUAUCUAUUAGAUACUGAAGAAAGUACAGACCAUGAUCAGAAUAAAGCAUCAUGCUCAUCUGCUUUUGAUGUUUAUGAUGCAAGGGAAAAUUUGCCAGAUAAAGAAAGCACUGACUCUAUUCCAGAGAAGACUUUAGUAGAUAAAGCAGUACAGUUAUCCACCAAAAAGUCCAAAUCGCACAAGACGUGCACUGAAUCAUCAGAUCUUCCUACAUCAACUGACUUUCCCAGUACAUCUUCUGAUGCAGCAACAUGCAAAGUUUUGAAUAAAAUUAAAAAGGAAUGUGAAAAGUACCACCAGAAACGAUGCAAACUGCAUACGAGUGGUAAAAAAUGCGAAGGUUCUAGCAGUACUUCAGUAAAUUGCGAUCAAUGUAGUCGCGUCCAUCACUGUUCUUGUAGAGGACACAAAUGUAAAAGUCAUAGAACGAAAACUGUUGAGAAAACAAAGAAAAAAUGCGUGGCCUACAACUUGAUCAUUCAAACAUCAGAUAGUCUUGUGAGUGAAGAAACAAAUUGCGGUAAUAAUCGCCGUCAAUUGCAGAAUAUAAUCGUAAAAGUUCCUUCAAAGCGGAAGGUUGAAAAUGUGCCUUUUAAAGAAAUGGCUUCAAAAAUUGAGAGAAACAUACCUGACUGUAGCCCUCGGGGCAACUCGCGAGGUAACCGAUCAAAAAGUUUGCCCAAUGACAGUGAAAUAUCCAGUUCAGACGAAAUUAUCAGGAAGGCUCAAGAUUAUACUGUAAGGGAAUUUUUAGAAAAAAAUCGCCCAGAUUUUAUAGAGAAAUGUUCCAAUCGGCAAGAUUGUUUGAAACUGAUCAGUGAAUCCAGAGCAAUCGAGCGCAAAGCCAAACGUCAAUUGCUGUCAUUGCAGCUGGACCGCAAACAAGCAUUGAAUGCUCUUAGCGAAUCUGACUUACAAGAUUUUGCUAGAGCACUUGGCGAUCAAUUGAGAAGACAAAAAGUUGCUCCAAAAUUUAUAAGUGAACGUGAAAUGAAGAAACACUCUGAGAAAAUUUACAAAUCGCUUCCCGAAGUUGUGCAGAAGAAAGAGGAAAUUAAGAAGGAAAAUAUCAAGAAAACUAACUUACUGAUGGCUAACAUCUUUAGAAAGAAUCUCCAAAAAAAAACUCUCCGUGGCGCUAUUAAUAUAUCAAAUUACAGUUCAGUUAUAAAAAUUUGACAAAGAAGUGAACUUAGAAUAACUACUAUUAAUUUUAUUGUCUAGAAAGAAAUGUGUUUGGCGAUUGUUAAUAAUAGUAUUUUUAUAUUUGUUGACGUCAUUAUUAGUGAUAUAAAAUUGUAUAAUGUGUUUAUUUCGAUGUAAUGUAUUCUGUUAAAAUUCGUAAGGCAAUAAAAUAUUUUUAUACA